UUUGCGGAAGCGAGUAGCUGCUUUAGCUUGUGUUACCUCAAACCAAAACAGAGGGCAUGUAAAGGCAUUGCGUCUUCGAAUAAAUUAAAAUAAUCCCACAAUUCUGAUUUGAAUAUCACUGGUCAACAACCUGCGUGUGUGACAGGUGACUGAAAAGAAGCUAAACAGCAGAUAUACGGACAUGGAGGAUCCUGGAGGAACUACAGUGGAGUCUGUGACUCCAUCACCAGCAGGUGCACCCAAAUCAAAGCUGGACACCCUGUCCAAAGAUGAUCUCAUUAAAUACGCCAAAAAGCAGAUGGCUGCCAUGCAGAAGAUGAAGAGCAGAUUUACAGACUUGGAAAAAGAAGUUGAAUCCCUGAAACAGGAGUCAAAAAACAGUGUCAGUAAUUCAGAGGAGGCAUCAUUGAUUGAGGUACUGACUGAGAGGAUCAACUCCUUACUACUUGAGAAGGCAGAAACUGAGGAAAAUUGUGCACUCUCGCGCAAAGAACUUGAGAGGACUAAGAAGCAAGCCAAGGAUGAUCUGGCAGUGUUGCAGAGUGAGCAUGAACGCAUCAUGGAAAGUCACCAAAUGAAGAUCCAAAUCCUCAAGUGCACCAUUGAGGAAUCCAACACCAAACACCAGGAAGAAGUGGCCCAUUUCCAAAACUUACUGAGAGAGAGAGAAGAAAAGGACAGAGAGCAUGAAAGUGAAAGAGAGAAGGAGCGAAAAGCAGAAUGCGCAAGUUCAAAACAGAGUGUGGAAGAAGUCAAACGUUGCUUCGAAACUCAGCUGGAAAGUCUUCAAGCCGAACUGACGGCAGUCCAAGAGAGAAAUUCUCGUGAGAUUGCUGAGUUCCAGGAAAACCACAGUAGGGAGUUGACAGAGGCACAGCAGGAGGUGGAAAAUUUGAAGGAGGAACUAGCUCAGAAGACCCUGCAGCAUGAGGAGGAUAUGAGAGCUCUUGAGGAGGACUUUGAGAUGGAGAGGGAGCGUUUGUUGCUGCUUCAUGAAGAGCUAACCGAACAGCUGGCUCUCAAAGACAGCUACCUUCAGGACGUUCAAGAGGAAGACGAGGAACCUCCUCGUGGUUCAGGGAUCGCUAAAAUGCUCGAGCUGUCCGGUUGUAGUCAGGCUGACACAAACCAGGGUGACGCAGAGGAGGCAGAGGCCACCAGGCUCAGAGCAGCACUGGAUGAUCUUCAAGCCCAGAACACCAUGCUACAGGAUGAGCUCACCCUAAUCAGUAAUGUGAAGAGUGAGCUGGAGGCAGAGUUGGAGAGGGCUAAGGAGGAGUUCCAGAUGGAAAAAGAAGAGCUGGAGUUCAAAGUAAAUGAGCUGCAGAUGACAAAGGAUAGUGCUUCCACCGAACCUCUAACGAGCCGAGAUCCUGACAAGCAGGAGGUUCAAGGGGAGUCAAAAGACCAAAGCUCCCUAAAACUAGAGGAACAACAAAAACAGAACCAAGAGCUGAGAAUUCAAUGUGAGGCUUUGACCCGGGAGCGAGAUUCUGCCGUAACCGAGUGUCACGACAUGAGGGACAUACUUCAAAAUGUGGAGAAAGAACUGGGCGAGAGGACAAAAGACUUUGUUCAGCAGUAUCAAACUAUGAAAGAACAGGGAGCUAAUACAGUGAAGGACCUCCAGGACAAGAUCCAACAGCUCAGUCAAGAGAGGGAUCAACUGCUGAUAAAGACGCAUGAGCUUACAGUCCAGGAAAACACCCUGGUGGAGACAAUGCAAGAUCUAAAGCAGAAGCUGGAGAAUUCCCCACGAGAGAACCAGAAACCAUUGCCAUCUGUGGAGGAACAAACAAAUUUGACCUGUGAACUGAAACAAGCUGUAGAGAACAUGAUGAGGCAGAAUGAGGACAUAUUGUCCCAACUGAAAAUGAAGGAGAACAUUAUUCAAGAUCUGAAUGAAAUGGUCACCACGCUGACUGAAGAGCGAGAUAAAGUACAACACUCGCUUCAGCUCAUAGAAACCGAGACGCAGCAUCUGAAAGAUGAGAGAACGAAAGAAAUCGAGAUGCUGGUGGAGGAGAAGGAAAAGGAGGCACUUUUACUUCGAGAUGAAAAAGAAAAGCAGCUGAAAAGCUUAAAAAUGGAAACUGAGGACGAAGUCAAACAUCUAAAGGAAGAGAAAGAAAAAGUAGAAGAAGAACUGAAAAAUAAGCUUGAAAAUUGUGAGGAGACACUUUGCACUUUGGAGCAGACUAUUAAGGAACUCGGUACAGAAAAGGCUGACCUCGAACACAAAUGUGAGGAGGCUUUAUUAGAGCUUUCAAAGACUCAGGAAGAGAGGGGGGUUUUGAACUCCAAGUUGGGAGUCCUUGAGACUCAACUGGAACAGGAGACAAUGGAAAAACAACACCUACAAGCAGAUUUAAAACUACUGACUGAGCAGGCUGGCGCUUCCAAGAGAGUGCUGGAGGAAAAUCAGUCUGAAGUCCUCGUCAAAUCCACUGAAGAGCUGGAAGAGCUGCGCACUCGUGUCAACGAGCUCGAAAAAGAGAGGAGCCUGUUGAAGAGCACUCUGCUGGAGGCUGAAGCUGGGAAAGAAUCACAAGAGAUGCAAAAGAACUUUGAAGCUCACAUCAAAAAUCUCGAAGAGGAGAAAGAGAUGCUGAGAAUCAACCUGGAGGAGGUGAUGCAGGGUAGGGAGGAGCUGCAAAAAGACCUCCAGGAUGUGAGGUCGGCUAAUGUACAGAUUGAUGAUGAGAACCAGAAACUAAAGGCUCAGAUUUCUCAUUUGACCAAAGAGGAGGAGAGGAACGAAGAGAUGGGAAAAGAGAACAUGGAGUUAGGAAGCAAGCUCAGGGAACAGCUAACAGAAAAAGACUCUCUCAUAUUGCAGCUGAGGAACGAAUUGGCUUCUCUCCAGGAGUCUGCUAACCAGUCUGCUUCUUCUGGGGAAACGGCCACUGAGGAGAUGACUAAGAAAUUAGCUGUCCUGGAGAAAGAAAUCAAAGAAAAGGAUGAGAAAAUCAACAAAAUCAAGGCAGUUGCCGUCAAAGCCAAGAAAGAGCUGGAUAUCAACAAGAAAGAGGUUCUUGCGCUCAGGGAGCAAGUAGAUUCACUGAAAGCAGCAAGGGAGAAAGUGAACAGCUCCAUGAAAGACAUCAUCCACGGUGCUGAGGGCUACAAGAACCUGCAGAUAGAUUACGACCGGCAGACAGAGCAACUGGAUAGGGAGAGAGAGAAGGUGGAGGCGGCAGAGAGACAGAUUGCCGAGCUGACCAAACGACUCAGCAGUACUGUCACACAGAAAGAGACACUGAACAGCGAGAAGGAGGACCUACUGGCCGGUGUGGAGACCAUGAGAAGCACAGUGAAGCAGCUGGAAGCUAAGAACCAAGAGCUGCAGAAACAGUUAGCAAGCCUGGACAGAGAACUGGUGGCUGAGAGAGCCAUGAAAGAACAAAAGCUAAAGGACUUGUCAUCUGCCAUGAAGGAGGUAGAAGAGCUGACAGCUCAGCUCCGCAAACAACAGCAGCAGUCUCAGCAGACUGCCCAGGAGCUGGACCAGCUACGCAAGGAGGCGCAGCAGAGCUCCCUGUUGGACAUGGAAAUGGCUGACUACGAACGUCUGGUGAAAGAACUCAAUGGCAAACUCACAGAGAAAGUCGAGAAUGCUGAGGAAUUGAAGGCUCAGAUAAAUGAACUCACCAACAAGCAGGAGAAUUUAAAACAGGAAAUGGAUUCUCUAAAGUCCCAGCUGGAGCAGGAGGAAGAGAAGGCCUCCAAGAUGAAGCAGCUGCUGGUUAAAACCAAGAAAGACUUAUCUGAUGCCAAGAAACAGGAAAGCUCCCUCAUGGUGCUGCAGGCAUCUCUGAAAGGAGAGCUUGAGGCUAACCAACAGCAGCUAGAAAGUUCUAAGAUCGAGUUAAGUGAGCUGACAGCCGAGCGCCAUCGCCUGCAGGAACAGCUGAGGUCUGCGUUGGAGCAGCAGCAGAGAACCAGCAACUCCCUGCAGCAGCAUAUCCUCAGCCUGCAACAGGAGAGAGACUCUGCAAAGGCGGAGCUUUCAGAAACGAUAAGCGAGUUUGAGAGUUACAAGGUGCGGGUGCACAACGUGCUGAGGCAGCAGAAGAGCAAAACCAGCGUCCAGACUGAAGGAGACUCGGAUAAACUGGAGAGGGAGCAGUUGUCCUCUCAGGUGGAGCAGCUGAGGACCGGACUGGCGGAGAGCCAGCAGAGCCUCCAGAGCAGCACAGCAGAGCUGCAGCAGCUCCAGGUGGAGCACGACACACUCCUGGAGAGACACAAUAAAAUCCUCCAGGAAUCCGUUAGCAAGGAGGCCGAGCUGCGUGAGAGACUUUUGGCGUUGCAAUCGGAGAACAUGGCUCUGCGGUCAGACGUGUCCCAGGCUCAGGCGGACAGGUCUUCCCAGGUUGAGGCGCAGCGGCACACCUAUCGGGAGCAGCUGAGGAAGCUGCAGGAUGACCACCGGGCCACCGUGGAGACCCUACAGGGACAGCUGACCCGAGUCGAGGAGCAACUCUUCAGCCUGCAGAGUCAGAACAGUUCAGUGUCUGCCCAGUCCAGCCGUAAACAUCUGACAUCAGACCUUCAGCGCAGAAACCUUGAACAGAACCAAGCAGGAUUCGGAGCAGUGGCCUUCAGUGAACUUCAGUCUAUGGCCAGAGAGGAGGGCGAAGGCAUGGAAACCACUGAAACUGAGAGAUCCUCCCCUUCUCUAACACCCAUACCGUCUCUGGAGCAGCUACUUACUUCUCCAGAUCCCAAACAAGAGCCCUUUGCGUGGACAGUGGAACCAACCAAAGAGGAGCUAAGUGAAAAGCUGAACACAGCCACCCGCAGCAUGGAACAUAUGAACAGCCUUCUGCAUGAAACCGAGGCCACAAAUGCAGUUCUGAUGGAGCAGAUCACACUGCUGAAAAGUGAAAUCAGACGCCUUGAGAGAAACCAGGAGAGGGAGAAAAGCGUCGCCAAUCUGGAGUACCUGAAAAACGUCCUGCUGCAGUUCAUCUUCCUGCGCUCUGGCAGUGAGAGGCAGGCUCUCCUGCCGGUCAUUCACACCAUGCUGAAGCUCAGUCCAGAGGAGAAGAGCAAACUGUCUGCCAUCGCACAAGGUGAAGAGGAAGCGGCUGCAUCUAGGGGCUCUGGCUGGACCUCCUACCUCCACAGCUGGUCUGGUAUCAGAUAGACUUGACCGUGACUGAACAAGUCAGCAUUUAACACUGGGAGCACAUAGCAGUGGCAUUACUGAGCCUUUUUUCUCUGAGAUUUUGUUAUAAACAGUGACACUGUACAUUUGAAAUGGUUGCAGUUGAGGCAUUUAUUAAGAUGUUGUGUGCACUAAGAGGAACUGAAGAAUGUCAUAGCGAUGAGUAAGUGAAUAAUAGAGAUUAAGAAAACCAAAAUAUUUGAAAUAUCUAUUGAUUUGAUUAUCCACUGCAUUAAGUGCACCAGAAUAUUACCAAUAAGAUAAACUGUGACCAACAUCUAUCUUUAGUGUCACUGACUUACAGGCAUUGAUAAUAGCAUAUUUUCUUUGUAGAGCAUUAUUAGCAAAAGAACAUGUGUCUGUUGUUUUGCCAGCAUUUUAGAAAGUACACGAUGUGCACAAGUUGGAAGACUGGGGCUUAGACAGAUUCUAAAUUACACUCCUAUACAUAUCUUUUUAACCAUUUGCAAGGACCUACUAACGUAUGUUGACUGCUAAAGUUUCAUCUUAACAUAACUGUAGGCAUUAUUUAUUCAGUUUUUGCAGAAUUAUAUUAACAUGAAACUAGGUUAGAGUGAAAAUGAUUUUGGUUGAAGGCCAAAAGGAUGUUCAAAAGUCUUUAAUUCAGCACGCUUUUGAGAACAAAAGCAAACAAGGCAAACAGUUAAAGUGAUCCAUUAAAUACUUGCUUAUCAGGAUUAGUUUAGUUACUAAAUAUAUGUUCACGAGACCAAAACCAAAUGUUAUCCCAUUAGCAUAUAGAUUUUUUUUUCAGAAUGGUUUUGCAGUUACAGUAUUCACUAAUGCCUCACAUUCUCUACUCAACCGCAGUAAAAAUUUAACUCUGAGUUUUAAUGUCCUGUAGUUGUGUUUUGUUUCUGAAUUUUCUUGUUUCUGUAUAACUUAAUUAUUAUCUGGUAUCUGGAUCUUGUUGGGUAGUAUUUUAAUUGUUCUGUUAGAUGUCCUUUUGUAGUUUGGUCUCUUGAGUUUCAUCUGUGCCGUCAUCCUGCUGGGAGAUAAGAACAGAGAGCCCUUUUGCCUCGUUAUUACAUCUUUUUGCAAGAACUUAGACGUGCUCCCGUCUCAAGAAUACGGUUUUGUCCUUAGCAGUGAGAAAGAGAAUAUACAUAUAUUUACACGUUAAGUUUCUUAUUCCUUUGGCAGCUCUUUGGGAGUCAUCCACCACAAGUGAAUGUAUUUUUAUCAAAGCAUUUAUAUUUAUGAAGGUUACUGUUAGCAGAAGCUAUGAGAGAUUACCAUAACUGUCUGAUCUUAUCUGUCAUAUGUUAUUUACAUUUAAUAUUCUGCCAUAUUUGUCUGUAUGUAAAGAAAUCAUCUUACAAACAUCCAGUGGGCUUUAUUUCACAACUGUAAACAAUAAUUAAAUCAGCACUGAUGCAGUUGAUUGCUUUGCCUUAAAUUGUGCCUGUUAUGAGUCAUUAUGAGCAUUCUGAUAUUUGAGUUAUUCCAAUUAUUAUCAAUCAUAUUCUAUGAUUAAAGUUAUCUCAUGAAAUGACUUGUUAAAAUUACACAUACAGACUCACACUUCAAAGUAAACACAAUAAACUUUAUCUCCAAACAUAAGGGCUUAGUGCGUAUUUCCCUCAAUUUAACAGCCACAAAUCCCAGAGCCCAUGAACACAGCAGAGGGAGUUGAAUUGUUGGACAUCUGCACAGAUACUCUCUGUAGCCCCUCAACCUUCUUGAGGGAGGGAAAGAGGGUAGGGGCUUUCCUUUUAAGGAAAUAUAUGUGGUUCUGUCAUGACGUAAUCAGGGGGAAACAACAAAUAGCAGCUACUGUACGCUUCUGGUAGUGGAACUAAACAUGCUAUUAUUCCUCCCUGGAGAGGAACAGCAUCAUUAACCCUUUCUCGUUCUUAACCGGGUCUCUCCAAUGCGCUUUGUAGUAAAAAUGUCUUCAAAUCAGAGUUGUGUUGUUGUUUUCUUUUCAGCCGAGUCCCACAGA